AUGGAUUAUAUUGAUUAUGAUUUGAUUUUUGGAAUUUCAGAUCAUGCAGUCGAUGCUGAAAUUCAUGCUCCUGAUAAUCACGUACCAGAACUUGCGAAGUUUACUGAUGAAUCAACAUCAACUCCUCAAGAAAUAGACAAAAAUCUUUCUGAAUAUACGAAGAGGCAUAUGCUUGCAGAUCUAGGGUCAGGAGAAGAAGAAAUCAAAAAGGGGAAGAAAAAUGAAGCUGGUUCUUCUGAAAAACCGGUGAAGGAAACGAAGCCCAAGAAGUCACCUAAGAAGAAACCCGUAAUAGUCAAAGAAAUUGUUCAACCGGAUGUGUCUAUGGCUGUUACAGAACCAGUUAAUUCACCUACUGUUGAAGAAACCCAAGAAAAAGAAACAAUACCUUCAAAGAUUGGGGUUUUUCAUAGAUUUAAGAUGGAGUCUCGAAAAUCUUCACCUCAAGUUGUUCGUAAACCACAGCAUACACAUCAAGGUGUAUUAUUCAGGGAAGUUCCAUCGCCUGUUUCUCCAUCAUCAAAGAAAUGA